AUGGGUUGCUCAUCAUCGAAUAGUCAAUUACUCGUCAUCGUGCCCAACAGUGAGCAAAUCGAUGGAAGAAAAGUUUUAUUACUCAAGUCAGCUGAUCUUCCGCCGAGACGUUUCGUGGAAAAUUGUGUUAUUCUCUUGGUUAACGAUGGAUCUUCGACCGAUAUCGUUCAGGUAAGAGCACAGUUAUGGAAAACUGUUUAUACAACGAGGAUUUUUACCGAUUUCGAGGAGUGUCAUACUUUCAUGAAAAAAACUGAAGAUGAAAAGUUGUUUCUUAUCGUUUCGGAAGCGACUAAUCGAUUUGUUGAAAACGUUCGUCAUCUACCACAGCUGGAAAAAAUCUACGUUUUCGAUUUAGUUACUCGUAAAAUAGUUGAAAAGGAAGAGCAAACAAACAUCUUUCGAGAUUCGACACUUCUUUGUCAGCAACUACAACAUGACAUUGAAUUAUGUGAACUCGAUUGUGUCGCUAUCAACGCAGUUUCCUUAUCCCAUGAACGUACGAUCUCGUUUUCAAAUGCUACUAAACAAGAAGCAUCAUUUAUGUUUCUCAUGUUAAGAAAAGAACAUUUGAUUCGAUAUAAAUUCGAAAAUGAGGCUAAAAAUGAGUUUAUCGCUUUUUGUCGAACAAAUUAUGCAUACAACGACGAGCAAGUGCAAGCCGUUGAUGAUUUCGAAAAAAACUAUCGUCCACAAAAAGCCCUUUGGUGGUUAACACAGUCACGUUUUAUCUCGCGAAUAUUGAAUCGAGCUGAAUAUACGAAAGAAUUUGACAUUAUUUACAAGAUUUCCUUCUUUCUCAAACACGUACAGACUCAAUUAACUAUUCGACAUAACAAUACUCUCGGACAGAUGCAAAAUAUUUUAAUUGUAUAUCGUGGUAAGACGAUGUCAAACGAUGAAUUUGAAAAAUUACUGAAAAGUAACUGUGGUGGACUUCUUUCUUUUGCUAAUUUUCUCGAGGCCAACAUCGAUAAGGAUGUUGCUCUUGACUUUGUUCGUCGCCGUCGAAUAAUGCAUCAUGAACUUACAGCGAUUAUCUUUGAAAUACACAUCGAACCAACUGUAUAUAGUACGAAAAGUCCGUUUACUCUACUCGAUGAUGAAUCGAAAAAAGGCGUAGUUUGCUUCUCCAGAAGUACUGUAUUUCGUAUCCAAUCUAUUACACAAGCUAUGGAUUGCUCGGCAUUAUGGACCGUAAAACUGACAUUGGUUAGUGACAAUGAUGAACAGCUAAUGCGUCUUAUGAAACUCAUAGAAAACAAUGAUGUACUUGCCAAUCCCUUGCCAUACAUGGGUACGCUACUUAAACUUAUGGACGAAUAUCCACGUAUCGAAAAAUUCUAUCUUGCCUUGCUCAGUGAUACUUCUGUUCUCAAUCAGCCAUCUCGUCUUGGUCGCGUUCAUACUGGUCUCGCUGCCAGUUAUAAAUACAGAAAAGAGUAUGCUAAAGCGCUUGAGCACUUUCGAAAAUCAUUAGAGAUUAGUCUAAGCUAUUUACCACCUGAACAUUCUGAUCUUGUACCUCUAUACGACUCAAUUGGUGAUGUUCAAAGGGAACUAGGUAACUACGUACAAGCGGUGGAUAACUAUGAGCGUGCAGUGACAUUACUCGAAAAUAAUCGGCAAAUGAGUAAUGAUUCACUUAUUGAAAGUCUACACAAACGUAUUAUCAGUACACAGAAAUUACUUGAAGAUAAACAAUGA